ACACGCUUUCCUUCAGUUUCUCUGGAGCCGUGCGUUAAGCUUGAUGUGUUUUCGGGAGUGCAGAUUUUAUACUAAUUGUUAAUUGUUUUGUUAGUGCUGAAUCAUUUUAUUGCAACUUUGGCUAUCCAUUCAAUUGUAUCUACUGCGCAUUGGGUAGUACUUCUACUACAACUACUUUUUAUCUGAAGGAAUUCCAACUGCAUUUCCCGUCUUCUCCGGCGGCAUCUAGAGAAAGUUGGUUACGUGGUCACGGUGUUAACCAUGUCUGGUCCCAAUCCAUUCCAGAACUUGCAAAAGGAGCUUAACGUGAAUGGCGAGACGUUCCAUUAUUUUGAUAUAGCGUCUUUCGAAGAGUUCAAGGAACUACCGUACAGCAUUCGCGUGUUGCUGGAAUCGGCGGUUCGUAACUGCGACAAUUUCCAGGUACUGGAGAAAGAUGUCCGUGGUAUCCUGAGCUGGAAGGCAACCAAGAGUGUCAAAAGCGAUGUAGAGUUGGAAAUUCCGUUUAAACCGGCACGUGUUAUUCUGCAGGAUUUUACCGGAGUCCCGGCCGUGGUUGAUUUUGCGGCUAUGCGCGAUGCGGUCCUCAAGUUGGGUGGAGAUCCGGAUAAAAUCAAUCCCAUCUGUCCGUCGGAUCUGGUGAUUGACCACUCGGUGCAGGUGGAUUUUGCCCGUGCACCGGAUGCGCUAGCCAAGAAUCAAGAUCUAGAGUUCGAGCGUAAUAAGGAACGUUUCACAUUUUUGAAAUGGGGUGCCAAAGCGUUCAACAACAUGCUGAUCAUUCCGCCCGGGUCAGGAAUCGUGCAUCAGGUGAAUUUGGAAUAUCUAGCGCGUGUGGUUUUCCAAGAUGAUACGAAAUCAAAGAAUGGAGUUAAAAUCUUGUACCCGGAUAGCGUCGUCGGAACAGACUCGCACACGACGAUGAUCAAUGGGUUGGGUGUGGUUGGCUGGGGUGUUGGUGGUAUUGAAGCCGAAGCCGUCAUGCUGGGACAGGCCAUAUCGAUGUUGUUGCCGGAAGUCAUCGGAUACAAACUGGAAGGAAAAUUAAACCCCCUGGCCACUUCAACCGACUUGGUAUUGACCAUUACCAAACAUCUACGGCAGAUCGGAGUGGUGGGAAAGUUUGUGGAAUUCUUCGGACCUGGUGUCAGCGAAUUGUCCAUUGCAGAUCGUGCCACAAUUAGUAACAUGUGUCCCGAGUACGGAGCAACCGUGGGAUAUUUUCCGAUCGAUCAAAAUGCUUUGGAUUAUUUGAAACAAACCAAUCGGGCCGAAGAUAAGAUUCAGGUCAUUGAAGCAUACUUGAAGGCAACGAAUCAGUUGCGUAAUUUCAGUGAUGCUUCACAAGAUCCUGUCUACACUCAGGUGGUAGAGCUUGAUUUAAGUACGGUGGUAACGUCGGUUUCGGGACCGAAACGUCCCCAUGAUCGAGUGUCGGUUAGCGAGAUGCAGAAAGAUUUUAGCGAGUGUUUAACUAACAAAGUUGGUUUCAAAGGAUUUGCUAUUCCGGCAGAUGAGCUCAAAACCGAAGGGCACUUUAGCUGGACUGAUGGGAAAACGUACUCACUUCGGCAUGGUUCUGUGGUGAUCGCCGCGAUUACUUCGUGUACCAACACUAGCAAUCCGUCGGUGAUGCUUGGAGCCGGUUUGUUGGCUAAGAAAGCCGUGGCAGCCGGUUUGAAAGUUUCUCCGUACAUUAAAACUUCACUUUCACCGGGCAGUGGAGUAGUUACGUACUAUCUGAAAGAAUCCGGAGUCGUUCCGGCACUGGAAGAGCUUGGUUUCCAUGUGGUCGGUUAUGGUUGUAUGACUUGUAUUGGAAAUUCUGGUCCGCUGGACGACAAUAUCGCUAACACCAUCGAGAAGAAUAAUCUGGUCUGCUGUGGGGUGCUUUCUGGAAACCGUAACUUCGAGGGACGCAUACACCCCAAUACCCGUGCUAACUAUUUGGCUAGUCCUUUGCUGGUCAUUGCGUACGCUUUGGCCGGAACAGUGGAUAUUGAUUUUGAGAAAGAUCCAAUUGGAACGCGACCCGAUGGUAGCAAAGUUUUUCUGCGUGAAAUUUGGCCAACACGCCAGGAAAUUCAUGCAGUCGAAAAGCAAUUUGUCAUUCCGGCUAUGUUCCGGGAUGUUUACGCUAAAGUUGAACUGGGUGCUCCCUCGUGGCAAGAUUUGAAUGCACCAACGGGAAAAUUGUAUCCAUGGGACGAGUCAUCCACCUACAUCAAACAUCCACCGUUCUUCGAAGGAAUGACCCGGGAACUACCGACUAUCGGUAACAUUGUCAACGCACGGGCUCUUCUGAAUUUGGGUGAUUCGGUGACAACGGAUCACAUUUCUCCGGCUGGUUCCAUUGCUCGCAACAGUCCGGCUGCUCGUUAUUUGUCAUCACGGGGAUUAACUCCACGCGAAUUCAACUCAUACGGGUCCCGUCGCGGUAAUGAUGCGGUGAUGGCACGUGGCACAUUCGCUAACAUUCGACUGGUAAACAAGCUAGUAUCGACUCCCGGAGCUCGCACGCUUCACAUCCCCAGCGGUGAGGAAAUGGACGUUUUUGAUUGUGCCGAGCGGUACACAAAAGAAGGCACUCCGCUGAUUGCCAUCGUCGGUAAAGACUACGGUAGCGGCUCAAGUCGUGACUGGGCCGCCAAAGGUCCCUACUUGCUGGGCAUCAAAGCCGUGAUUGCCGAAUCGUACGAGCGUAUUCAUCGUUCCAACUUGGUUGGAAUGGGUAUCAUUCCACUGCAAUAUUUGGAUGGCCAAAAUGCUGACACUAUCGGUUUGACCGGGCAGGAAUUGUUCAACAUAAGCCUUCCGGAUAAUGUGAAACCGCACGAUAAAAUCACCGUCGAAACGGACGGUGGCCUCAAAUUCCAGGUAAUCGUGCGAUUCGACACUGAAGUGGAUCUGGAGUAUUUCCGCAACGGUGGCAUCUUGAACUACAUGAUUAGGAAGAUGAUUUCCUAGAUUGGCGCAUGGAUGGUUAGGAGUACAAAAAUAUUGCAUCAUGUUGGGGAUAUACUCUUUUUAUCAUUGGAAUUUUACGGAUAUUAUUCAAUGAAUAAACACUUUUGAUUAUUGCA